AGAAGCAAUGUGGAGAACGAGAAGAAGAAGAACAACAACAAGUACCCCACUCUACCUCACGAGUUGAUCAUCGAAAUCCUGCUUCGGCUACCGGUGAGAUCUGUACUGCGCUUUAGAAGGGUUUGCAAGUCAUGGUCCUCUCUCAUUUCCGAUCCCCAUUUCGCGAAAUCCCAUUUUGACUUCAAUGCUGCACCCACUCAUCGUCUUCUUCUUCGAUUUCUCAUUGACGAACAAGUUGAAUCGUUUGAUCUAGAUUCAUCAGUUGAUGAUCGUUCUGCUGUCAAAAUCCUCAAUAUCCCGCCACCAUCCAUGUGGUGUGAUCAUGACCCUGUACAUUUCCUGGGUUCUUGCAGGGGUUUUAUGCUUUUAGCUUAUCAACAUGCAGGUGAUGUCAUAGUGUGGAAUCCAGCAACCAAUUUCCAUCAACAAAUUCCUGGUUUAGAUAGUGAGUUCUUGUUUAAGAAUAAUCUAUGUGGGUUUGGGUAUGACAGUUCCACCGAUGACUAUGUUGUAGUUGUUAUAACAAUGUAUCUUCCUAAAACUGAAAUUCAUGUUUUUUCUUUGAAAACCAAAACAUGGUGUGACAUUAAGUAUGUUAAUGUUCGAUAUAUGGAUUUUGCAUUUUUAAGAGCCAGACCCGGGGUGCUCUUGAAUGACUCUCUUCAUUGGCAGGUCACUUGUAUAGAACCAAAGCUUGAUGUAGUUAUUGCCUAUGAUCUGGUAGAAAAGAGUUUAUCGGACAUUCCUUUGUCAUCUGAAUUAGCAGCGGAAUUGACAGAGAAAGUGUGUUAUUUGAGGGUACUGGGAGAAUGUCUCAGUCUUUGUUACACAGGUGCAAGUGGUGAGACGGCUGAGAUAUGGGUCAUGAAAGAAUAUAAAGUGCAAUCUUCUUGGACCAAGGCUUUUGUUACGACUGUUUGUGACAUUCCUCGCAGGCGCUUUUAUCCAAUAUGUUUCAUUGAAGGUGGUGGAGUUGUUGGAUCAAAUGGACAUGGAAGAUUGUUGAAAUUUAAUGCCAAGGGAAAACUGCUUGAUCAUCUCAAAUACGGUGGGGAGCGCAGACAUCCUCAAAAGUAUUUUGAAAUGUAUAGUGAGAGUCUUCUGUAUUUCCCUGGUGAGCAACGACUCCUUUGUGUAACUGAAGAUGAGGAAAGUGAAGAUGAAGAAGAGGAAGAAACUGAAGAUGAGUAUUCAAUAUCUGAUGAAGAGUAUUCAACUGAAGAUGAGGAUUCAACUGAAGACCAGGAAACAACUGAAGAUGAGGAUGCAACUGAAGACGAGGAAACAACUGACGAUGAGGAAGAGAACUGAAGUAACAUACAGUAACUGUCCAAGAAACAAGAAAAAUUAGCAUGCAAUAUACUCCAACAAUGGUUACCUUUUUGUUCUGAAAUAACCUCAUUUUAAUGCUGAAAUAGUGUAGUUUUAUCAGUGAUUUCACAUGUUUUAGCAGUGAUUUCAGCAAGUCUGGGUUUAGAGCUAACAUUUAAAUGUAAUUAUGUGUCCUAUUAGGAUUUAUGAAAUCUUAGUUGGAGUUAGUACAUGUUAUGUUGUAGAAUCUGUUUUUCCUCUUAAUGUUGUUAUUGCAUUAGCAUUUUGUUUCUUACCCACUUUUACAUGGU